UAAAACGGCUUUGAUCAGAACGCGAGUGAAUCAGUGUAAAACGCAGAUUCUGGAAAUGCCCUGAGUUCCAAAGAUACAGCGUUCCAUGGGAUAGCACGACCACCGGCGAAGAGCAACAGGGUGACAUCUUGCCCACUUCUCCCAGACAGUGUGGGAAGAGUUUCACUCAGUUAAACCAAAGCAAACUGAAGUCACUGUCAUGUUCGAGGAGCCAGCGUAUUCAAGUUGCAAACGGGUAGACUGCAGCCAAAAAGGGAUGCAUAGGCUACGGUCACCAACAAUGCUUUGGCAUGAUGUGGUUAGGAUGAUGCUCAAUGUGUAUUAACGGAUAUUUCCCCUGUAAUCAUGCACGCACGAGCAGAUCUCUGCGCGCAUCAUCCCAAUCAGCAGAUCGCCGGUUUUAUGUCGUACUAUUGUUCAGCAGGUGGAGACAUCCCUGAGCCAAUCACCUUGAUGUCGACGUGAUCGGAAAGAAGCAAACAUUUAGAAUUUCAGUUAAUAAGCUGAAAGAAAGGUGCCAGUUUCUCGGAGACAACCGUACAACUCUGAUCAGUAGACUACUGGGAACAUUUCAGCCUGCAAAGCGGCCCGGGAAAACCAAUAAGAAGUUUACCAAAUAUUUUCUUCGCUGAAGAUUAGUUACCUUGUUUGUCGUCCAUCGCAGCGUUUGAUCGGGCGCUUAUUAUUAUGCCUGGUCGGAAGAGCGAAGCUCUUGCAUUUUCCCUUGUGUCAGGGAUCAAUCUGGCAAUGGCACGACUAGCGGACAUUUGGGAUAGCAUCGGAAUCAUGGAGGACCAGCGGGUGGAGCGCAUGCAGACUGUGAAGAAGCACAUUGAGGGUCUUCUGAAUCAAAUGAUUUCAGAGGAGGAAUAUUUGAAGAAACGCAUUGGAAACAAUAUCAACACUUUCCAGAAGCAGCUGGAGAUCUUGAGUAUGGAGAUGUCUGUGGAACCUUUUGAACUGGAGGAUGACCUCUCGGUGCUGCAGAUGGAGAAGAACCUGCGCCUGCGGGUGGAGGUGCUGGAGAAGGAGCGGGGCGAGCGUCUGAGGGAGCUCCGGACCCUGCAGGAGCAGGACGAGGAGCUGUGCGAGGAGCUGAGCGCCACGCCCUUCUACCUCCCCCCCGGCAGCCUGCCCACCCGCGCUCAGCUGCAGGAGCUGCGCCUGCACAUCCACACCCUGGGCCAGGAGAAGAGGAGCAGGGUGUUGGUGUUCUCGGGCCUCAGGGAGGACAUCCGGGGUGUCAUGGCGGAGAUGGGCCACGAGCCGGAGACCAGUCUGGAGAAGGAGGCCGUGUGUGACGACACCGACACCUUCCUGCUCACGCACGACAACAUCAAAGCCCUGCAGCUGCUGCUGUGCCAGCUGGAGAUGAAGAGAAAGUCGCUCACGGCGCUCAGAGAUGAGCUGAGGGGAAAGGCCUUGUGCCUGUGGGCCCGGCUGGAGAGCCCGGAGCAGGAGCAGAGGGCGUUUCGGGACGCCCUCCCCAGGACCCUGUCUGAGGAGAUUACGCAGUGGCAAACGGAGGUGGAUCGGCUCGCCCUGCUGCAGAAGGCCAAGAUGGAGGAGGUGAUCGACAAGAUUCGGCAGGAGCUGGUGGCGCUGUGGGACCGGUGCAUGUUCGGGCCCAAGCAGAGAGAGCCCUUCAACACCCACUUCUGCAGCAGUGACUUCACAGAGGAGCUGCUGUCCCGCCACGACAAGGAGCUGCUGAAAGUGAAGGCCUUCUACGAGAAAGCUCGCCCCCUGUUGGAAACCGUGGAGAGGUGGAACAAAAACUGGGUGCUCUUCCACGAUUUUGAGAAAAAAGCGUCCGAUCCCAAUCGCUUCUCCAACAGAGGGGGCGCUCUGCUCAAAGAGGCCAAGGAGAGGGUGAGAGUUCAGAAGCUGCUUCCCAAGCUGGAGGAGGAGCUGAGGAGCGGGGCGGCAGCCUGGGAGAAGGAUCAUGGGACGGUUUUCCUGGUGUGGGGCGAGAGGGCCGCUGACCGCAUCACCAGCCAGUGGGAGGAGCUCCAGCUGCAGCGGGGGAAGGAGAAGACUGAGCGCAUGACAAAGAAAGGAGAGAGCACUCCAGUGAAAGCUCAGGGGAAGAGAUCCCAAACUGGAGCCAGUGGAGGUGUGACACCCAGCAAGACUAGAAAGGGGCCCAACCAGACAAUGCUGCGUACGAACAGCAUCAGCUCGUCCAGCUCCAGCAGCAGCACCCCCAGCGCCUUCCUCAGUGUGUCCAUCAGGCCCACACUGUCCUCUCAGAAGGCCCAGCAGAAGAACAGGACUCUGGACGUGAGCCAGCGCACCCCCCUCCAGGAGUUCAGCAGCGAAAAGAAGCACUCGAGGGUCGGCAGCUACUCGGAGUUCACCAGUGAACUGUCCAGGAAGGUGAGCGGAGACGCGAUCCUCAACUCCACAGCCAAGGACAUCCUGUGAUGGCCGCCGUACGCUGUUCCUCAGUUCAGAAGUGCCUUUAUCCGAGUCAGUCAAAUACAGUUCAGAGGUGCCUUUAUCCGAGUCAGUCAAAUACAGUUCAGAGGUGCCUUUAUCCGAGUCAGUCAAAUACAGUUCAGAGGUGCCUUUAUCCGAGUCAGUCAAAUACAGUUCAGAGGUGCCUUUAUCCGAGUCAGUCAAAUACAGUUCAGAGGUGCCUUUAUCCGAGUCAGUCAAAUACAGUUCUUUCCUAUAUUUUACCCUUUGCUUUUUUAGGGAUGAUCAUUUUUUUGAGAGAACUUGUGAAUUUUGAAUUAGUGUAUCGACUGUCAUGAUUGUGAUUCGAAAGGGGGUUUGUUUUUGUUUUUUUUACCGAAUUGUGGUCAUAGUGGUAUAGCAGUGUGUAAAAGCUCUGCUGCUUCUGCAGGAGUUUGCUGUUUCUUAAGUAAAGCAAGCAUACAGGGAUGAAUUGCUGCAGAGUCUGGAGGUUCUCAGGUUUAGUAAUGAAAGCUGCCUGAACCCGUUUAUUAUUUUUAAAGGAACAUUUUGUUUUCAGAUGUGCUCUCUGUUGCUGCUGUUAGUUUUUAACCAUUUUAUUAAACAUCAUUUCCAGAGUUUGUAUCGCAUGCUCAGAAGGCAUAUUUAGCUUUUAAAUGUUUUACGUUUAUCCUCAGAACCAGACUUUUUUAACCCUGUGAUUUAAUCUUGGGGCACGCUCCAGUCUUUGUACGUAUUCUGGCCCUUGAAAAGAGGUGUUCAUACAUUUUAUUCUUUUAGGCAACAUUGAUUGGUGCUGUUCUCUUCUGAAAACCCUGUUACUUGAUUUGUUUUGUCUGUCUGCAUCAUUUUUUGUUUUCAAAUAAAUAUGUAAAUAUUGCA